CCCCUCUCCCUUCAUUAUUCCACCCGGAAGUAAGUCCACAGUCAAGCAUGUCUGCGCCGAGUACCUACCAACCCGUGAGCCAUGUCAUUUUCGACAUGGAUGGAUUAUUAUUAGACACAGAGCGGCUGUACACUGUGUCCUUCCAGGAAGUGUGCGACCGCUUUGGGAAGCGGUACACUUGGGACGUGAAGGCGUCGGUGAUGGGUAAAAACGCUCUGACUGCUGCCCAGACGAUCCGGGACGCUCUGGAGCUUCCGAUGACGGCCGAGGAGCUCCUCGCUGAAACCAGACAAAUACAAGAACGGAUCUUUGCCUCUGCCGAACUCAUGCCAGGUGUGGAGAAACUGGUGCAGCAUCUACAGAAGCACAACAUCCCCAUCGCCGUGGCCACCAGCUCAGCCGGCGUGACGUUCAAGCUGAAGACGAGCCGACACGGAGACUUCUUCGGUCGGUUCGACCACAUCGUUCUGGGCGACGAUCCCGACGUGAAGAACAGCAAACCUCAACCGGACUCCUUCCUGGUCUGCGCCGGCAGAUUCAACCCUCCAGCUUCUCCAGAGAAGUGCUUGGUGUUCGAAGACGCUCCCAACGGCGUGAAGGCGGGGCUGGCCGCGGGGAUGCAGGUGGUGAUGAUUCCCGACGACAACCUGGACCCGAGCUUUACCCAGGAGGCCACGCUGCGACUCCGGAGCAUGGAGAAGUUUGAGCCGCAGCUCUUCGGCCUGCCGGCGUACGACUGAGCCAGAAAACCACCACGACGAUAGAGUAAGAGAGCCAGGCUUUCCUGCACACCUCGACAUGUUAUGGGUGAACAUUGAUGAUUUUUGUUGGUGUUGAUUACUUUUCAUUGUUUCCUGUCAGACGUCACAACGGGGGUCAAAACCUCGUUACUGCUUUUUGAAAGCUUUCAUUAUUCAACCCUCGGUGUGUCCAGACAUGUAGAUGGUUGAGGUUUCUAGAUAUCAGCCUCCUUGAUAAUGAAAUGAUAUUUUUCACCGGUUGUCCUUGCAACCCCCGCUCUAUACGUACGUCAUUUGGACGUGAAUCAAAAGACGGUUUCUGUUGGAAGCUGUUGAACGAACACACAGUGGAUCAGCGUCCUCGUCUUACGUUGUGUUUUUAAGAGGCCUUAUUGAAAUGACGGAGACUGUACUCGUCUCCUCGGUGUAAUCCGGUCCUCACCCUUUCAUCUCUGCCUCAACACUUAACCGCGACUCACAUGUGUCCUCUCUCUGAGCGGGUUUUAACAGAGGCCCGCCGGAGUCAACCCGGCACCGCCGCUGCUCCCUCAAAUAGGAUUUCACCGCACUCCCAUCCACGUCCCCUCCACGCCUUCCCUGGCCUUUCAUCCUCCAGGAGGGGGGGGCUCAGCUUUAUUUCCCUUCUCCUGCUCACAUUUCACUCUGUAGUCCUACGUGUCGUUUACCCUCUCCUGGCCUAAAAACGUGCUUCAUUUUGUUCCUUUAAGUCUCACCAAAGAGUGGCUGUACCGUUAACAAACGGAUGUCUGUAUUUUCAUUUAGAUUCAAAUCAAAGGCUGCAUGAAAAAUACCACCGGCUCCGACUCUAAUAGAACUCCAUCCACGCUGUGUAACAGUUUGUUCUGAUGUGCAAAAUGUGUUGAAGUUUCAUUAUCAAAUAAAGAAAUCUAUAACACAAA